AUUUGUACAUUUAAAGACACCUGACACCAUAUGGUCGUGGCAGAUUUGAGUAAAUUUGACCAGAAAUAGGAGUGAAUUCCACCUUCACGUGACGUUAGAUACAUAGGUUGGAUUUAGUGCACAAGGAAAGUACUUACUGCAAAGAGGAUUUCAAUAUGGUUAUCAUUCACUACUUCACCGUUCCAGCCUUUAGUGAUGGUGCACAUCAGACAACGCUUAGCAAAGUGAAAAGCAUUGUGGGAAAUGAAACAGAUGUAGAGCUUGAGACAGAGGCAUGCUAUAACAUCAAAGUAGAUGGAGAACUAACAGCUGAUGAGUUAAAGAAGCUACUGUUCAUCCUAGGAACUCCAUUUCAGAAUGACAAAGUCUCCUCAUCCUCAGUGUUAGAUGCCAAGAAGACAGAGGAUGCUUUGUUCAUUGAGAUAGGUCCAAGGUUGAACUUCUCCACAGCCUGGUCGACCAAUGCAGCUUCCAUCUGUCAAUCAGCUGGUCUCACAAAGAUCUCCCGCAUAGAGCGCUCUCGGCGCUUCCUCAUUACAGCCACCAAACCCUCCGUCUUAUCAGAAGCUGAGCGUGCUAUCCUUGCAUCGUUGCAUGAUCGCAUGACAGAAUGCCGCUACAUGGAGCCGCUGCAGAGCUUUGAUAUCCAGGUCAAACCUGAGGAUGUUUAUGAUGUGGAUAUCAUGGGUGAAGGGAAGGAAGCUCUCAAGAAAGCUAACAAGGAUCUUGGUCUUGCCUUCGAUGACUGGGAUCUAGACUAUUACCAUGACAUGUUUACCAACAAGAUCAAAAGGAAUCCGACCAGUGUGGAAUGUUUUGAUCUAGCCCAGUCCAACAGUGAGCAUAGUCGUCAUUGGUUCUUCAAGGGACGUAUGGUAGUAGAGGGAGAGGAGAUGAAGGAUUCAUUGUUUGAUCUGGUCAUGAAAACACAGGAGAAUAGCAAUCCAAACAAUCUCAUCAAAUUCUCUGACAAUAGUAGUGCGAUUAGGGGAAGUUCCAUCAAAGCUCUCUACCCAGUCCGACCUGGUUGCUCGGCAACACCAAUGACUGACAAGCGACUUGAUCGACAUAUCAUCUUUACUGCUGAGACUCAUAACUUUCCUACAGGAGUGGCGCCAUUCAGCGGUGCUACUACAGGUACAGGAGGGCGAAUCAGAGAUGUCCAGAGUGCAGGGAAAGGCUCUCAUGUGGUGGCUGGUACAGCUGGUUACUGCUUUGGAAACCUGCAUAUACCAGGAUAUGAUCUUCCUUGGGAGGAUGCCUCCUUCGUGUAUCCUAGCAACAUGGCUCGUCCGCUGGAGGUCGCUGUGGAGGCAAGCAACGGUGCCUCAGACUAUGGCAACAAGUUUGGUGAACCAGUUCUAGCUGGUUUUGCCCGGUCCUUUGGCAUGCUUGUUCCAGGAGAGGAAAGGAGAGAAUGGGUCAAACCCAUUAUGUUCUCAGGGGGGAUGGGUUCCCUUGAGGAGGGACACAUCAACAAAGAUGCACCUGUUAAGGGAAUGAAAGUGGUCAAACUGGGUGGUCCCAUCUAUCGCAUCGGUGUGGGUGGAGGAGCAGCUUCAUCCAUUCAUGUACAGGGGGAUAAUACAGAGGCCUUGGACUUUGGUGCUGUGCAGAGAGGAGAUGCCGAGAUGGAACAGAAACUAAACAGGGUCGUUAGAGCUUGUAUUGAACUAGGAGAGAGAAACCCUAUCAAGAGUAUACAUGAUCAGGGAGCAGGGGGUAAUGGUAACGUCUUGAAAGAGAUCUGUGAGCCAGCUGGGGCAGUGAUCCGUACCAAGGCCUUCCAGCUAGGAGACCCCACCCUGACUACACUGGAGCUAUGGGGUGCUGAAUACCAGGAGAGUAAUGCUAUACUGGUAGAUGAAGACGAUGAGGAGUUGCUAAGUGAUAUGUGUAGGAGGGAGAGAUGCCCGGUCUGCUUCGUAGGAGAGAUUACGGGAGACGGAAAGAUUCGUUUAGAGGAAGAGAAGCUUGAGAUGAUGAAUGGAGGAGGAGGAGGUGAUGCCGACCAUUCCCCGACCAAGAAGAGCAGAAUCGUGUCCAAUCCAGUCGACUUGGACCUGGAGUGGGUCCUGGGUAAAAUGCCCAGAAAGGUCUUCAAUAUGAACCGUACUGUGAGGAAUCUAUCCCCGCUUGUGCUUCCUGAUGGACUCACUGUCGUUGAUGCUCUGGACAGAGUGCUGAGACUACCAUCAGUGGCUAGCAAGAGAUAUCUCACUAACAAGGUUGACCGAUCAGUGACAGGUCUUGUCGCCCAGCAGCAGUGCGUGGGACCACUUCACACCCCUCUGGCUGAUGUAGCAGUGACUGCUCUGUCUCACUUUGAGACCAUUGGUUCAGCCACAGCCAUAGGAGAACAACCCAUCAAGGGAUUGGUCAAUGCUGCCUCAGGAGCUCGUAUGGCCGUAGCAGAAUCCCUGACAAAUCUGGUCUUUGCAAGGGUUACUGCACUCAAGGACGUGAAAUGCAGUGGUAACUGGAUGUGGCCGGCCAAGCUAAUAGGAGAAGGUGCUGCCCUCUACGAUGCUUGCCAAGCCAUGGGCUCUCUCAUGUCUGAGCUUGGGAUCGCUGUGGAUGGCGGCAAAGAUUCACUGAGUAUGGCUGCUAGGGUGGAGGGAAAGACAGUCAAAGCACCAGGUGCUCUAGUGAUAUCUACAUAUGUGGGAUGUCCAGAUAUCACUGCUACAGUCACGCCAGACCUGAAAUGCCCAAGUGGACAAGGUACCCUUCUGUAUGUAGACCUUAGCUGUGGCCACCGUAGGCUUGGUGGUUCUGCAUUGGCUCAAUGUUACAAUCAGAUAGGAGAUACUGUACCUGAUGUGAAUGAUGCAUCACUCCUGGCUGCAGCUUUCAAUGUCACACAGGACUUAAUCACAGAUGGUCUUCUGAAAGCUGGUCAUGACAUCAGUGAUGGUGGGCUGAUCACUUGCCUCUUGGAGAUGGCUUUUGCAGGAAACUGUGGCAUAAAUGUGGAUCUAGCUACAGAGGUUAAUGCCACUCCACUUGAGUUCUUGUUUUCUGAAGAGCUUGGUCUGGUAUUGGAGACUAAUCCAUCCGAUGCGGAGGCUGUGUGUAAGGCGUAUGCAGACCAGGGAGUCACAUGCAGUGCUGUAGGAUCUUCAUCUGGGGAGGUAGCUGAAGCAAAGAUCAUGAUCAGCCUGAAUGGCAAUACCAUUCUGGAUGAUUCAAUGACACGUCUGCGUGAUGUAUGGGAGGCUACUAGUUUCCAGCUAGAGCGCCUUCAGACUAACCAAGUGUGUGUGGUAGAAGAGGAGGCCCUGCUCAAGAACAGGAAAGCACCUCCGUACAAACUGACCUUUGACCCUCAGCCUGCUACUCCAGUCCAGGAGACAAGUCGUCCCAAGGUAGCAGUGAUACGUGAGGAAGGAAGCAAUGGAGAUCGUGAGAUGCUUGCAUCAUUCCACAUGGCAGGCUUUGAAGCAUGGGAUGUUAACAUGCAAGACUUAGCAAGCGGGACCUUGUCUCUCAAGGAAUUCAGAGGAGUGGCGUUUGUGGGUGGUUUCAGCUUUGCUGAUGUCAUGGGUUCUGCUAAAGGUUGGGCAGCAGCGAUCCUUUACAACCCUGUGGUAAGAGCAGAGUUUGAUGCAUUCAGAGCUAGAGCUGAUACCUUCUCAUUGGGUGUGUGUAAUGGAUGUCAGCUGAUGGGUCUACUAGGAUGGGUGGCUUCUGAUGAGACUCAAUCAGAUGGUAAUACAGCUGCCUGUAAGCAAGGAGUGCUGCUAGAUCACAAUGAUUCUGAGCGCUACGAGUCUAGGUUUGUGACAGUUAAGAUUCAAGAGAGUCCAGCCAUCAUGCUACAAGGCAUGCAGGAUUCUACCCUAGGCAUCUGGGUGGCUCAUGGAGAAGGGAAGAUGAAGUUUGCCAACAAGUCAAUCCACACCUCCGUCCUGUCCAACGAUCUCGCACCUGUACGCUACGUCAACGAUGAGGGCGCCCCAACCACCCAGUACCCUCUGAAUCCCAACGGUUCUCCUGACGGGAUCGCUGCUCUCUGCUCAUCGGAUGGACGUCAUCUGGCCAUCAUGCCUCAUCCUGAACGCUGCACACUGACCUGGCAAUGGCCAUGGAUGCCAGCAGAAUGGAGACAGGAUCUCAAAGCAUCACCAUGGUUACGCAUCUUCCAGAAUGCUUACAAGUGGUGUCUGGAGAAUAAGGCAUAGUGAAGAGGGUAUUAAUGACAUGUAGCAUCGAUAAUCGAUAUGUUAAAUAAACAUUCCGUAGGCUUCUAAAACAAGGUGUAAAUAAUAAUAAUAUUGGGUCCUUUUAUAGCGCUCAUAUCUGUCAGACUUGACACUCCCGGCGAUCCCGAAAGAGGAAUAAAAAAAAGAAGGCUUUAAAAGACUUUGCUUUGGUGUAUUAGUCACGUUUCUCUGUGUUUCCACUCUUUGUAGAGCUCAUGAAACUCUUUAAAUGGCCAAAUAAAAAUAGUUACGCAAUGAUAAAAAAAGGAACUCUUUAAAUGGCCAAAUAGCAUGGUUAUGUAAUGACCAACAAAGGACUUGUCACAGUAUUCAUUAGUAAGAAGUAUCAUAUUGUCCCUGUUAACUAAUAACAAAUACCUCUAUGAAAUUUGUCAAACAGUACUACAAAUUUGAAGGUA